CUGAAGAAAACCGGUUGCAUCUCUUUCCUCAUUGAGAAAAAACAGGAUUUAAAAUUAUUUGAGAAACACUUCGAUGUUCCAUUUUGGCGAGAUAUUUGGUAUUUAAAAACAAGAUAUCAUUUAACAAGGUUACUAUAAUCGCUUCGUUAAGAAGCGAACGAAGACGCCCGAGAUGUCGGCAAGUGCCGUAUAUGUGUUAGAUCUCAAAGGCAAGGUGCUGAUCUGCCGUAACUACCGCGGCGAUGUGGACAUGUCUGAGAUCGAGCACUUCAUGACCCUGCUAAUGGAUAAGGAGGAGGAGGGCACACUCUCGCCCAUCCUGGCCCACGGAGCAGUGCGUUUCAUGUGGAUCAAGCACAACAACCUCUACCUUGUUGCUACGUCGAAAAAGAAUGCUUGUGUUUCACUGGUCUUCUCCUUCCUCUACAAGAUUGUGCAGGUGUUCUCAGAGUACUUCAAGGAGCUGGAGGAGGAGAGCAUCAGGGAUAACUUUGUCAUCAUCUACGAGCUGCUGGACGAGCUCAUGGACUUUGGCUACCCGCAGACCACAGACAGCAAAAUCCUGCAGGAAUACAUCACUCAGGAGGGGCACAAGCUGGACACGGGGGCUCCCCGCCCCCCCGCCACUGUCACCAACGCCGUCUCCUGGAGGUCAGAGGGCAUCAAGUACAGGAAGAACGAGGUGUUCCUGGACGUCAUCGAGUCGGUCAACCUGCUGGUGAGCGCCAAUGGCAACGUGCUCCGCAGCGAGAUCGUGGGCUCCAUCAAAAUGCGCGUGUUCCUGUCCGGCAUGCCAGAACUGCGUCUGGGCCUCAACGACAAGGUUCUCUUUGAGAACACUGGCCGUGGUAAGAGUAAGUCCGUGGAGCUUGAGGAUGUGAAGUUCCACCAGUGUGUGCGUCUGUCUCGCUUUGAGAACGACCGCACCAUCUCCUUCAUCCCACCUGACGGCGAGUUUGAGCUCAUGUCGUAUCGACUCAACACGCACGUGAAGCCUCUGAUCUGGAUUGAGUCUGUGAUUGAGAAACACUCCCAUAGCAGAAUCGAGUACAUGAUCAAGGCGAAGAGCCAGUUUAAGAGGCGCUCGACCGCCAACAAUGUCGAGAUCCACAUUCCCGUGCCCACCGAUGCCGACUCGCCCAAGUUCAAGACCACGGUGGGCAGCGUGAAGUGGGUACCAGAGAACAGUGAGAUUGUUUGGUCCAUCAAGUCCUUCCCUGGUGGGAAGGAGUACCUGAUGCGGGCUCACUUUGGCCUGCCCAGUGUGGAGGCUGAGGAUAAGGAGGGGAAGCCGCCCAUCAGCGUGAAGUUUGAGAUCCCCUACUUCACCACCUCUGGCAUCCAGGUGCGUUACCUGAAGAUCAUUGAGAAAAGUGGUUACCAGGCCUUACCGUGGGUGCGCUACAUCACCCAGAAUGGGGACUACCAGCUCAGGACCCAGUAGAGGAGAGAUGCGGAUCACCGUCCCUCAUUCAUCAUCAAGGGCCGUCAACAAAAAGAGAAUGAGAGAGAGAGAGAGAGAGAGAGAGAACCCCCAGUCCCAGUUUUUCCACAGACCACCAGUGUCUUUAUUGUGAGUGCGUGUGUGUGUGUGUGUGUGUGUGUGUGUGUGUGUGUGCGUGUGUCUGACUGUGUGAGAGAGAAAGUAGGGGUGAGCAUGUCUGUGUGUGAGUCAGAUCAUGUUCAUUUCAGAAUCAAUGCAAAACAAGAGGUUUACUUAAACAAACAAACAAACAACAAAAACCCCAUCUUAAUCUCCGCUGCAAACCCACUAGCAGGCCAGUUGUUCAUGAAGGAGGGGGGACUAUUUGACGGUUAAAGAAAUCACACAUAGCUUGGCCAAAACCUCCGUUAUGUUAUAUUAGUCACUAACAUGACCGUCUUUGUAGGUUAGCUGUUACAGAGAAGCUGUGUGUAGGGAGGUCAACAAGUCAUUUCCGCUCGCACGCUCAGUCAUCAUCAGUGUCAUUGAAAGGUCAAUAUUUUUUCAGUAUUUUUUAUUUUUUGUAAUCAGUAUUUUUACCCAACCAUAUUCUACAGUAUGUCAAACAGUUUCAGUGUUGGUAUUUAUUGUUUCUUUUGUGUUUGUGUUUUUUUUUUUCUUGUCCGUAUUCAAUUCAGUAUUGCCAGGACUGUAUUGAAGGUGAAUGUUCAAACCACUGUUGCUGUUUUAGUCUUCAGUUUACAGCGAGGUGGAGAGACGUCAUGACUGUCUACACUUAGAACGCUGUUAGUCCGAUGUUUGUUCGCUUUAGAGCUCUUUGUGCCAUGUCGAAGCAGGUUAUCGCUUUGCUUAAGCUAGCACUUAAUCUUUCACUCCCAUCAACAGGCCUGCAUGUAAUAUUUGAUGCCAUUCUUGUGAUUUGACCAUGGAUAAAAAGUUGUACGCUUUUUUAUGUUCUAUGAAAUGACACUUAGUAAGCCAAAAGAAAAAUACAAUAAAGUUCGCAGUGUUGCCAUGAUUUAACUCCCCUUUUUAAAGAUGGCCAUGAGUGGAAGUUUUAGGGUACAGUGCUGUCAGUUACAUUCCUAUAAACUUCCUCCCACAUCUCUCAAACAGUGAUCUGUCUUUACUCUGGAAAUCAUAUAAAGUACCUCUUUUGAAAACAA